AUGGAUUUCACCUUUCUUGGGGUCCGGAACUUUUUCGGGUCUGUCGGCAUGCAUUACGAGGGUUUCAUAAACCUUCAGGCCCAUUCGGGAUCAAAUCCCGAAUAUUGGCCGCCAGUUGCGCUAGGGCGCGCGCUGUGCGCGGCCACGCGUUGGUUGGGGGUUGGAAAUGUAGGACUACUUCCAUUAUUUUCUGUUAGUGCUGGUUCAAUUCCAUCAUCUGAUGAAAACGAAGCUUCAGCCAUAUCCGAAAGUACCCCCAAACGAUGUCCCGGAUGCUUGGGCAGAGACUCUAUUGCGAAUGCAGGUGCUAGGGUGGGACCUGCUGUUGUCAACAUAUCCAUUCAUCAGGGUAUGUUUGGAAUUGGUGGUGGGAAGGGUAUAGGUUCUGGAACUAUUAUUGACAAGGAUGGUACCAUUUUAACUUGUGCUCAUGCUGUGGUCGAUUUUCACGGAGUGCGAGCUGCAUCAAAAGGAAAGGUUGAUAUUACUUUGCAAGAUGGCAGGACAUUUGAGGGUACAGUGGUGAAUGCCGAUGUACAUUCUGAUAUUGCUAUUGUAAAGAUCAAUUCCAAAAGCCCACUCCCAACUGCAAAACUUGGCUCUUCAAGUAUGCUUCAACCUGGAGAUUGGGUGAUCGCCAUGGGCUGCCCACUCUCACUUCAGAAUACUGUAACUGCGGGUAUAGUAAGUUGUGUUGACCGUAAGAGUAGUGAUUUGGGUCUAGGCGGAAUGAGGAGAGAGUACUUACAGACAGAUUGCGCGAUAAAUCCGGGAAAUUCUGGGGGGCCCUUAGUCAAUAUUGAUGGAGAAGUCGUUGGUGUUAAUAUCAUGAAAGUGUAUGCUGCUGAUGGACUGAGUUUUGCUGUACCAAUUGACUCGGUCACCAAAAUUAUAGAGCACUUCAAGAAAAGAGGGAGAGUUGUCCGACCUUGGCUUGGAUUGAAAAUGAUUGAGCUUAACGAGAUGAUCAUCUCUCAGCUUAAAGGAAGAGAUGCCAACUUUCCAAAUGUUAAGAAUGGCAUUUUAAUAGCAAUGGUAACUCCUGGAUCACCUGCUGAUCGUGCUGGGUUCGAACCUGGUGAUGUCGUCGUCCAAUUUGACGGGAAGUCUGUUGAAAGCAUUAAGGAGGUAAUUGAAACAAUGGGUGACAGAGUUGGGGAACCCUUGAAGGUGGUCGUCAAAAGACCUAAAGAUAAAUUGGUCACUUUGACUGUGAUUCCGGAGGAGUCCAAUCCAUAUAUGUGAUGAGCCAAACUUUCAAAGCGCUUUUUUUUUUUUUUUUUUUUAAUUAGAGGAACAAAAUUAGCCGUUAGCAGGUUUUUGUAUGCUAGGGUCUUGUUUUACAGCUUACUUUUGUCUCAUCAAUAAUUAUCUCAUGUAAUGAAUAUAAGGCGUAUUUGUAUAUUCAUACAUACCCUUCUGCUGGGUAUACAAAUAUAUAAUUCUUGUUUUGACUCUCAAAU